UUGAAUUUCGUAUCAACUGGCCAAAAAUAAAUGGUAGAAAUUUAUAUCAAUUGGUAGUAUGAAAAUUCCAUUCCUUCUCGACCAGAUCAACAUACCACCUUUGUUCUCAAAACAACCUUUCCUCAAAUUAUUCCACAACUUAUACCUACAGUCCUCUUCAUUAUCAUUACCUCUCUCUCCAACCAAUCUCAACACUCUGAUCAACAACGCAGUCCAAACCAAAAACAUCAAACAUGCAAUCCAAAUUCAUACCCAAAUCAUCACUAACGAUUACAUUUCCUUCCCUUUCCUCUUCAAUAACCUCCUCAACUUGUAUGCUAAAUGCGGCCAUAUCAACCAAACUCUCACACUGUUCUCAACGACCCAUGUUGUAUCUAAGAACAUUGUCACUUGGACAUCUCUCAUUACCCAGCUAUCCCAUAACAAUAGACCCUUUCAGGCUUUGUCCUUUUUCAACCAAAUGAGAAGCACUGGUGUGUAUCCAAAUCAUUUCACCUUCUCUGCUGUUUUGCCGGCUUGCGCUGACACUAUGAUAGCCUUUCAUGGUGAACAAAUUCAUUCUUUGAUAUGUAUGCAUGCGUUUGAUUCUGAUGUGUUUGUUGGUAGUGCAUUGGUUGAUAUGUAUGCGAAGUGUGGUGAUAUGGGUUCAGCGGAGAGAGUAUUCGACGAAAUGCCUGAGAGAAACCUUGUUUCUUGGAAUUCUAUGAUAGUGGGGUCCUUGGAGAACAAGUUGUAUGAUGGGUCAGUCAGGUUUUUUAAGGGGGUUGUUGGCCAGACGUCGAUAAGUCCUGAUCAAGUGAGCUUUUCGAGUGUUAUGAGUGCUAUUGCUAACAUGGGCGCUGUGGAGAUUGGGAAGAAAGUUCAUGGGCUUGGUGUUAAGUAUGGGUUGAUAUCUUUAGCUUAUGUGAAGAAUUCUCUAAUGGACAUGUACUGUAAAUGUGGUCUAUUUGAAGAUGCUGUUAAGUUGUUUCGGACUAUAGAAGAUAGAGAUGUCGUGACUUGGAAUGUCAUGGUCAUGGGGUCUGUCCAAAAUGACAACUACGAAGAGGCUUGCAACUAUUUUUGGUGCAUGAUAGGUGAAGGGAUAUCGCCUGAUGAGGCAUCAUUCUCUAGUGUCCUUCAUGCUGUUGCUAAUAUAGCAGCAUUGGAUCAGGGUACUUUGGUCCAUGAUCAGAUAAUAAAAACUGGGUUUGGGACAAACAUAUGCAUUGUGAGCUCAUUGAUUUCAAUGUAUUCUAGGUGUGGGAGCUUGAUUGACGCUCAUCAGGUAUUUGAAGAGAGUGAAGACCGGAAUGUGGUAUCUUGGACAGCCAUGAUUUCAGCGUGCCAACAACAUGGUUGUGCAAGCCAAGUGAUGGAAUUGUUUGAGAGCAUGCUGAAAGAGGAGAUUAAGCCUGACUAUAUAACUUUUGUUUGCAUUCUAUCAGCUUGUGGCCAUACCGGCCAUGUUGAUGAAGGAUUUGCUUAUUUCAACUCCAUGACAAAAAGGCACAAUAUGAACCCUGGGCGUGAACACUAUGCCUGCAUGGUUGAUUUGCUAGGUCGUGCAGGUAGAUUAAAUGAAGCUAAGAACUUCAUAGAAUUGAUGCCAAUUGAACCUGAUGCAUCUAUAUGGGGAGCUUUGCUUGCUGCUUGCAGGAAUUAUGGGAAUCUUGAAAUGGGUAGAGAAGUUGCAGAGAGACUUUUUGAAAUUGAACCUGAUAAUCCAGGAAAUUAUGUGCUGCUUUGUAACAUGUAUGCACGUAAAGGAAGGUUGAAAGAAGCUGAUGAAGUGAGGAGAUCAAUGGCAGUCAAUGGUGUAAGGAAGGAGACUGGAUGUAGCUGGAUUGAUGUUAAGAACAGAACCUUUGUUUUUACAGUUCAUGACCGAUCACAUUCUAGGACGAACAAGAUUUAUGAGAUGUUGGGAAAGUUGAAGGAGUUGGUGAAGAAGAAAGGAUAUGUAGCUGAAACACAAUAUGCAAUCAACAAUGUAGAAGAGUACAAAGAGCAGAGCUUAUGGUAUCACAGUGAAAAACUUGCCCUUGCAUUUGGAUUACUGACCCUUCCUGUUAGGGCUCCAAUUAGGAUUAAGAAAAAUCUUACGACUUGUGGGGAUUGUCAUACAGUUAUGAAGUUUGCUUCAGAAAUUUUUGAGAGAGAGAUUAUUGUUAGAGAUAUCAAUCGAUUCCACCGAUUUGCAGAUGGUUUGUGUUCAUGUGGAGACUACUGGUGACAUGAAUCCACAUAAAUUAAUCUCGGCCCUUUUUCUGGUAGUGUUUGACACUAAGCUAACAAUAGGUCAUAUGCAAAUGACUACUGGUGACAGGAAUUCACAUAGUUUAUUCUGGGCGCUUUUUCUGAUAAUGUUUGAUAUAAGCGAACAAUAUGUCAUAAAUAAGGAGAUGGAAGAAGGUUGGUGCACAGGAAAAGUCUUUGAUGACGUUAUGCUGAAACUCAGGAGCCAAAUAUGUGUCAAAAAGUGAUUGAAGUGUGAACUGUUCUUACACAAUUCAUGUCCUAUUCCAAAGUUGGAGAUAAAUUCCUGUAACAUUUUUGGUGAUACACAAUGAUGGAAAUUGUAUUUUAUAAUUCUUAGUCAGAGAUGCUACUGAAGUGGUGAAGUGAAUAAAAGCCUAUGAGAGAAGCCUU